AUGAACUCGCUACCGCCUGCGGGAGGAAACCAACCACCCCCGUCGUCAUCAUCGUCAAAGACGGCAGAAUUGGAUGCUCCGCUGCACGCAAUCGGCUUCGAAAUUGACGACCUUUCACCUCAUAAAGUCACCGGCCACCUUGUAGUCACCCCAAAUUGCUGUCAGCCGUUCAAGGUGUUACACGGAGGGGUUUCCGCACUGAUAGCGGAGGCAUUGGCAAGCAUAGGAGCCCAUCUCGCAUCCGGCCUCCGGCGAGUGGCAGGAAUACACCUCAGCAUCAGCCAUCUCAAGAGUGCUCAAUCCGGUGACCUUGUUCUUGCCGAAGCCACCCCUAUCAAUGUUGGCAAAACCAUUCAGGUUUGGGAGGUGAGCCUUUGGAAGUGCGAUUCUUUGAAGUCUGAGAACAAAACAUUGAUAUCAUCAUCAAGAGUGACUCUUCUUUGUAACAUGCCUGUGCCAGAAGUUGCUAAAGAUGCUGCUGAAAAUCUCAAAAAAUAUGCAAGAUUAUGA